UCGUCGUCUGCUCAAGUUAUUCCUAGUGCAUGUUGGCAUUCGAGUGUUCAUCCAAUAUAGCUCAGUUGUAUUUUCGCGAUCAGUGAGAAACGCACGUUUGGGAUUUUAGCGGGAAUCGAAUGACUGCACAAGAAAUUAUUUAGAGGAAAUUAUGCACUUGAACAAGUGUUAACUGUUAAAAUAUGUGAUUGAUCGAAGAUCAUUAAGACUGAAAAUUAGACCGAUAUUUUGGAUUGUGUAUAUUUAUUUGGGUUGUCUUAUAAUCGAUUUUAUGAAAACAUUAAGUAAGAAGAUACAUUGGUAGAAAAUGUCGAUGACACAUCGGUCGCAGAGACAGCAAUGUUAUUUAUGUGACUUGCCCCGUAUGCCAUGGGCCAUGGUGCAGGAUUUUUCAGAGCCCGUGUGCAGGGGAUGUGUUAAUUAUGAAGGUGCCGACAGGAUCGAAAUGGUUUUAGAUCUUGCCAGACAAAUGAAAAGGGCCACGGGAUUUCAAGAUUCCCGUGGUCCCAUUAAACCCGGGCACCAUGGACCUAUGCCUCCGCAUCCUAGAAACCCACAUGACCAUCCAGGGACCAUGGAACCGCCAAGAAAUCAUCCGGGUUCAGUGCAUGGAGAAAGGUUUGAAAGAUCUCGUAUGGUUCCGGAAUUUAAUGGAAUGCCACAAAGUAUGAUGCAGAAUGGUGGACCUAUUUCAAACCACAUUGGUCGGGACGACCCGAAAUCAGACAUGCAUAGAUCUGCGCACAACGUACCGGUGUCGCGUAGUGUUGGCUAUCCACCCGGGUACCAUCCAUCAGUACAUGGACCUUUAAUGAACGGACCACCACCGGGUCACAGUAUUACUCAAGGCCGGCCGGUAAAUCCGGCCGUGAAAGACGACGAAGACAGUUCGAAUCCCAGUGGGGACGAACUUUGGAAACGUAGAUCUCCUGACGAUAAAAGACCACCAAAUGUUCGUGAAAACUUGUCAAUUCUUGCGACAAUUGUUCCAUUUGAAACAAGAUAUAAAAAGGAUCAUACUGUGUGUGGUCGUGUUAUAGGAUUUGAUGUACAAUCUAAAGCAGGGAAUGAGUAUGAAUUAAAAGUGUUUACGGAAUACCCGAUGGGCUCAGGUAAUGUCUUUCCUAAUAUAGCUGCAGUUUCUAAACAAAUGUCAAACGAUGCUUCUAAAGACCCGUCUCGUAACGCGCCCUCUCCCGGAUUCAAAUAUCUGGAAUAUGAAAUGAAACACGGGUCAGGUGAUUGGAGAUCUCUGUCUGAACUUUUAACAGAAAAUGUUCGAAACUUUAAGGAACCAUUAAAAAAGGAACUGUUACCAACCUUGUAUAUAAACACUAGUUUACCACCUGUACCCAGUGCAAGUAUGUAUCGAAUCCCCAUGGGUCGCGGAGGUCCUGCACCAAGAGCUUAUCCGGACUCGGCGGGAAGAAAGCGGAAAGGAACGCCUGAUCCGGAAACGGAACAAAAUGAACAAAAUAAGAGACAAUGGUAUCCGAAUCAUUCCGAAGCUAUGAAAAUGAGCGGUUACCCUCAAAAUAAUGCUUCACCAAUGGGAAAUCAUGCCCCCAGUCCUCCUAAUAGCGGCUCGGUGCCUGGACCCUCGGGACAAAAUGGACCAUCACCUAUGGCGGCAUUAAUGAAUGUCACAGACAAUUUAUCGGGCUCAUCCCCGCCCGGUCGGGAAAUGAGCGCGAGGUUGCCAAUUAAUGGUCGUCACAACAUUCAUACACCAUCAUCAAAUUUUGCACGAGCACCCCGUUCAGUAAGUGAGCCUUGUAUGGGCGGAUCAUUAUCUGAAGGAGGUACCAGCGCGGAAUCUUUAAAAUGUACCAUUUGUCAAGAGAGACUAGAAGACACGCACUUUGUUCAGUGUCCGUCUGUUGGCGAUCACAAAUUUUGUUUCCCUUGCUCUAGAAACAGUAUUAAAAUGCAAGGGGCCGGGACUGAAGUGUAUUGCCCUAGUGGUAAAAAGUGUCCCCUGGUAGGGUCAAGCGUUCCGUGGGCAUUUAUGCAAGGUGAAAUCGCGACCAUAUUAGGGGAGGAUUAUAACACAAAAGAGCCAAAGAUUAAAAAAGAACGUGAUUCGUGACUUGAAUAUAUAUGGAAAUUAUAUGAACAUGUGUGCUAACAUUUUGGAUACUUUAACAUCGUUGCGGUAGACUUCUGAAAAAAUUGUUGAAAACUUGAGAGAAAAAAAAAAUACAAAUUUGACAAAGCUAUUAAGAAUCUUUUAAUGUUAUAAUGUGUUGGUGCAUGUAAAUCUUUAUUUUAAAAGGUACAGUUGGGCAUGUCCUUAAAACGUUUAGCGAGAGAUGUACAUGUUAAAAGAUACCGGUUUAUUCUUCAUUCUUACAAAACUUCCGACAUCUCUUGGUUUAUAUCGACUGACGCUAUUUUCAUAGCGUUUCUUGGAGCUAAUUAACGACACGCAUGCAGAAUGACACACAUUUCUUUUUUUCCACGUAAGAUCUAGGUCAUGCUUAGAAGUAUAUGUGAUAUUCCAUUUAUCUUAAUCAUGUUUAAUCAAGAAAAUGUUGAUAUUUUCUUACGAUUCCUAGCACCAGCAUUAUUUUUUUCUAGCUAAAUGAUACAUUUACAGCUCUACAAAAGACGGUAAUGUGUGGCUUGAAACAUUGCAGUAUCGAUCGGGGUUUCUCGUGUUUCAAUUAAUAUAGGAACUUUAGUAAAUUAAGAAGAAACCAGGCUAAAUAUAUGACCAUAUAUGUAUGUAGUACUGUUUUAUGUUAAAUUAACCGCUUUAAUGGAAAAAAUUGACCGUAUGCAUAAAAUCAGAGAGAGAAAAGAAAGUAAUGAAUGAUUUACGUCGCCUAAAGAUUUAUUGUUGAUUUCUAUAUUUUGAUAUUUUUUGUGGCCAUUUUAACUUAACGUGAACUGCCACAAUGCGUUUAUUUAAGAAAACAAACGUUCUCUUGUUUUUGUAUCGUUUUAAUACAUUCGGCCGGAAAAUCGCUUUUAAUUUAUAUAUUAAGACUAAUUUCCACUCACUAUUUUGUUUAUUUAUGGUAAUACAUGUAAAACAAUAUUUGAAAUUUUCGCAAUACAUGUACUUUAAUGUCAGUGAGUUUAUAGCGAUUUUAUAUACCAAUUUUUUUUCUACCAAACUAAAGUAUACAGUUUAAUAAUUUUAAAAUUUUAACUCGUGUUAAUAAUAACUAUUGUCUGAAUUGUUUUGAUUUAUCAUUAUAUAAUGUGCUAUUGUUAUGAUACUGUUUUUUUUUAGCUUUUUGUUGAUGAUCGUAUCUUACUGGAAGCUUAUGUCUGUUACAAUUUAUUACUGUUUUUUUUUUUUUCUUUUAAAAAUGUAAAUAAAUAUGUUAAAAACAC